CCGACAGCACUCUGGAGACCCUCAUUAUCCUUUUUCCUUCUCAAUUUGGAUCCCCAUUCAGAACGCCAGGAUUGGGGGGCUGAAGGUACCCAGUCAUCUCCACACCAUGGACACGUCUGGUCACUUCCAUGAUUCGGGAGUCGGGGAUAUGGAAGAGGAGCCCAAGUGUCAGUGUCCCGCACCCGGGGACGAGGGCCAGCACCCCGCUCUGAACCAGCUCCACGGCCAGACCUAUCACCACAGCCUGUUGCACUCCUCACCAACUGUUUUUAGGGCUCCUCCUUCCACCAACACCACGGCUCUCCACCCUUCCUCCAGGCAGGGCAGCCAGCACAAUUUAAAUGACCACUUGGUUGGACACUCUCCAACUUCAGCAUCUACAAGUGGAGCUGGCGGAGGAUGCAAGCACAGACAAGCCAGCCCUCUCGUGCACAGAAGGGACAGCAACCCAUUCACCGAAAUAGCCAUGAGCUCCUGUAAGUACACGGGAGGAGUGAUGAAGCCCCUCAGCCGACUAAGUGCCUCCAGAAGGAAUCUGAUAGAGUCGGAGCCGGAAAGCCAACCUCUACAGAUCUUCAACUCCAGCGUCCCACCGGAGAUAGUCAUCUCGUCCAAGGAUGAACACCGCUCCAACCAGACUUUGCACCAUCACCCCAACGCCACUCACAACCACCAAAACUCAGGCAAUAGCAGCGCCAACAACUACCCGAAAGCCAACAAGAGGAAAAAUCAAAAUAUCGGAUACAAGCUGGGGCACAGGAGGGCGCUUUUCGAGAAGAGGAAGCGGCUCAGUGACUACGCUCUGAUUUUCGGGAUGUUUGGAAUAGUUAUAAUGGUCAUUGAGACCGAACUGUCGUGGGGUUUGUACGAAAAGGACUCCAUGUUUUCCUUGGCCCUGAAAUGCCUUAUAAGUUUCUCCUCCAUUAUCCUCUUGGGUCUGAUCAUUGCCUAUCAUGCGCGGGAGGUACAGCUCUUCAUCAUAGACAACGGUGCAGACGACUGGAGGAUAGCCAUGACCUACGAGAGGAUCUUCUACAUCAGCCUGGAGCUGCUGAUCUGUGCCAUCCACCCCAUCCCUGGGGAGUACAAGUUCUUCUGGAACGCCCGUCUGGCCUUCUCCUACACGCCAUCCCAGGCGGAGGCAGACGUGGACAUUAUCCUGUCCAUCCCCAUGUUCCUGAGGCUCUAUCUUAUCGCUCGGGUCAUGCUCUUGCACAGUAAGCUUUUCACAGAUGCUUCUUCUCGAAGUAUCGGGGCGCUCAACAAGAUUAACUUCAACACUCGAUUUGUGAUGAAGACCUUGAUGACCAUCUGCCCGGGGACAGUCCUACUGGUCUUCAGCAUCUCCCUGUGGAUCAUAGCAGCCUGGACCGUCCGCGUGUGCGAGAGAUACCAUGACCAGCAGGACGUGACCAGUAACUUCCUGGGGGCUAUGUGGCUCAUAUCGAUCACUUUUCUGUCCAUCGGCUACGGGGAUAUGGUGCCGAACACUUACUGCGGGAAGGGAGUCUGUCUGCUCACCGGAAUUAUGGGUGCCGGGUGCACAGCCUUGGUUGUAGCUGUGGUCGCCAGGAAACUCGAGCUCACAAAAGCAGAAAAACAUGUCCACAAUUUCAUGAUGGAUACGCAACUGACCAAACGGAUAAAGAACGCGGCAGCCAACGUCCUACGAGAAACAUGGCUGAUAUACAAGCACACCAAGCUUCUGAAGAAGAUAGACCACGCCAAAGUCCGCAAGCACCAGAGGAAGUUUCUUCAGGCGAUUCACCAACUAAGGAACGUGAAGAUGGAGCAGAGGAAGCUGAGUGACCAAGCUAACACCCUGGUGGAUCUCUCCAAAAUGCAGAGCGUCAUGUAUGACCUCAUCACGGAGCUCAACGAUCGGAGUGAGGAUUUGGAGAAGCAGAUUGGCAGCUUGGAAACCAAGUUGGAUCAGAUCACCUCCACGUUUAACACCCUUCCGGCUCUGAUUGUGGACGCGCUCAGACAGCAGCAGCAGCACAUCCUCUCUGUGGUCCUGGAGUCUCGGGGUCUCGGAGUUGCUGUGGGGACUCCCCAGACCCCUCUUUCGGACAGCCCCAUGGGGAUCAGUUCAGCGUCCUUCCCAACGCCCCACACCAGUUCCAGCAGCUGUUGAGCGGGCAGAGGAAGCCACCAGUCGUUAGCCUUCCAAACGUGAGAUUUAACAACUUAACAUUAGGAGGGAUUGAGCUCCGUAAUCAGUUCGCUGGCCUCCAGACCAUCGUGUAAUCUCAGCUAACCAGAGGAGCCCCUCUCCGCGGGAAGCCGGUCAAGCUGUCGCCAGGUGGGGCGCAAAACAAACGCAUCCUAAAUGAUGGAAACAUGGCCACCCAUUCACUGCCAAGUAGCCUGCUAAGUAAGACAAGGCACCCCUCAAACCUCCUGUCUGAAUGCUCACUGUUCUUCCCUAGACGCCUUGGUUCAGACGCAGACCU